AUGGUCCAUCUGGAGAUGCACAACUCUCUGAGUCUCGGCCGCUUCAGGGUGGAGAGCUAUGCGUUCGCCCUUGUCGCGGCGGACCGUUCGUCAACCGUUCCGUCGAUUCUGAAUCAUGGAUGCCCGAAAGAAUGCCAGUUUUCUGGCGAAUCCGGCGGGGAGAGUGUGUCAGGACUCGCCAAGACACCCACGCGCAUCAACGUGAGUGGGAUGAUUGGUUUUUGGAUGUUGACUUAUCGUGGCCCGAUAAGCGUGGCUCUAUCGGUUAAGUAA